AGGGGUGUGUUGCGCACGCUCGGCGAGUGUGACCAACCCUCCAACACUUCUGGCGCGUCCGAGUGUUCUUUUAGAUACCAUAGCACGGGUAGUGUGAAGUGUGGAGCCUGUAACUGAGGUCUCGUAGAUCUAUUUUCCCCCUUGCCAAUUACAAGGACAAACUCUUUUCAAGCGUUUUAAUAAUUUCGAAGGAAACACGAAAGUGGGAGGCUUACACCCCUCCCCCAGGGCAUGUAAGAAUCUAGUGGAAAGUGUUAAAGUUCGAUUGUGUUGCAAUAGAUUGUCAGACUGCAAAGUGAUAAAAUUUACAGAUUCAGUAGCAUAGGAAUGGAUGACAAAAUAUCCGUUGAGCCAAGACAUUAAUGUUGAAAAAUACUAAAUGAAAUUUUGGCGAAGGAAAUUUAAGAGAUGGUCUAGGUUUAUUUUUUUUUUAGUUCAUAUAAUAUUGCUGCCAAGCUUCAGUGAAGACUAAUAGUUUAUUCGAUGAUUCAAAUUAUUAGAUGACAAAAGUGAAAUAUAACCGAAAACACUGAAAGCAGUAAGUAUACGCCUAGUAAAGUGAAUUCAAAUCCACCCGAUGUCUCAGUCCCUUGCACACAAUACACCACAACAUUGAUUCCUCAGCACCAACAGCAAGUUCCGCCCAUCGCAGGACGUCUCCCAGGGACUUACAGGCUUAUCGGAAGUGACGUCUCCAUGAUCGAAUGACCACCUCCAUACGUGCCCGCCGCCCCUCCUCUGCCCCACAGAUCCACACGACAAUGGCUGCCACGUCGCUGUUUCUCCUCGCUCUGGCUCUCCCCGCCGCCCUCGCCCUUCCAGACGUGGUCGGGCUGGGCGGGGAGGCCGACUUCCACGCCAUCCGACUCCACUGGAAGUACCCGAUGUCCGUGCCCGACCUCUACGCCUUCGUCAUCGACUACUGCGAGGACCAGCCUUGGGGACAGUACCGCUGCAGGAAGAUGCAACUGAAGGACGUGGAAGCGAACGAAAUCGGCGCCAAGAACGCGCAGUUCCGAGAGUUCGCCGCCCUCAUCUCCGGACUGCGCAUGGCCACCAACUACACGCUGGAGGUCACGCCCGUGCUGGACGGCGAGGGCGACGGGCGCGGGAGGACCUUCGGCAGCGGCGUCGUCAUCAGGACCAAGGGAUUCUCGGCGCGGGCCACACACUGCCUCGCCAACUCCAGCGUGGUGGAGGUCGAUACAGGGCCCAGAUUCGGAGGAAAGAUCUCCGUGGAGGGGAGCGAAGACCCCCGUUGCAUCACGCAGGGGGACGCCACCAGCGGCAAGACGAGCUACCUGCUGGAGAUCGAGCACGACGUGUGCGGCAGCGAGGUCCAGAACACGUCGGUGCUCACUUUCAUCAUCGUCCAGGAGAACCUGCCGAUCCUGACGCACUCGACGAGGAGGUUCCUGGUGAAGUGCAACUACGUCCCCGAGACCUUCACGGUGCGCGCGGGGGUGAGUGUUCCUUCGCGUCGAGGGACACGACGGGUGAAUCUGCCCAACAGCGUCGACGACGAAGACCCUCUCGCCCCCAUCGGCCAAUCCGUGUACGAGGUCGACCCGUCCGAACUCUUCGACUCCUCCAAUAACCUGUUCGACUCCCGGCUCUCCGAGGAGGUCGGGAGAGCCCUCAAGAUGUCCGCGAGCGACCAGAACAAAGAACCUCGCAUGUGGGCUCAUCUGGUGCUGAUGGUGAUCCUCGUGAUGGCGGCGGUGGUGGGGCUGUCCUGCGCGAUGUGGCAUUUCGUGAGGCACGCCAGAGCGCAGAACAGGCAGGGAUUCAUGUCGCCGCAAGAGGAGCCUCGGGUUCUGGAGGAGAGCAUGGAGGCGGUGGUUCGCGACUACACCCAGGGGGACGCAGGGCCGGCCAUCGUCGAGAACCCCGUGGCGCUGUUCCAGACAAGCUUCAUGACUGGCUCUGACAUCUUGACGGGAGACGUGUACGACCUUAGCCUGGCCUCUGUACGUGACCUACCAAACGACCUUUGCCCUGACCCUUUCCCUGACGACCUCUGCGGCGAGGAGGCCGACGAUGACCAGACGCCCAUCGAGACGGUCAACCCGCUGACGCAGCCGCAGAUCCUCGACUGCGUGCCCCAGGCGGGCUUUGACCUCCCCAUGGCCUUCGACCCUUACCACGACAACUUCCCCCUGACCUGCGCUGGCCCCGCCCUCGACCCCCUCGCCCUCCACCCUCAGAGCCUGAUCCGCUUCCCCCAGGAGGACGACCUCGUGCUCGGCCCCGUCCUUCCCCCGCCGAUGUCUCUCCAGACCCUCCCCCACCUCGAGGACCACAUCCCGGUGUUCCUCGACGCGCCGAUCCACCCGUCGUUCUUGGAGGACCACAUCAUUCCUCCCGAUUUCUUCGCCUUCGAGGACGAGAUCGCCCCGUUCCCCGAAGACGCCGUUUGUGCGUGUGACGAGGACGAGGACGCUGUGUCUGACGAUAACGAUGACGAUGACUACGACGACGAGGAGGCCGACGGUGGCCAGACGGAGGGCCAGGGUGGAGGCCAGGACAGCCCGCCCGAGCUCCAGCGGCGGCGCCCUUCGCUCGACCACAACUGGAGGCUCGGGGACGGAGAGGGCCAGAUCUUCCCCGCCUUCUCCCAGUGACGUGACCUCUGACCCCUCGUGGAAGAAGGGCCAGCUCUCAAGGUCAAAUGUUUGAGCACAAAGUGAGACAGAUUACAUGUACUCUAAGAACUGCUGUGACGACUAAGACGUACUAUGUUUGACAUUUAUACGAUAUGACGAUGAUAUGCGCUAGA